CUUCCGUAGUUAAUAUCAUAGGUUGUAUUCUACACAAAAACACCGAAAGCCAAAUUGGCAAAUUGCAGGGAAAUUCCUAGCUUCAAAAUGACCAAAAUACCACAAUAAAGUUAAAAAAUUCUCAUAACAAUCGGAAAAAACGACGAAGGCCCCUGUCCCCAGUCCCCAGCACCAGUACAGUAGGCAGUAGGCACACUGGUUGCUGUUUCUUGCUCUGUUGUCCAUUUGCUUCUGGUUCUCUCCCAGAAUCAAAAGCGUCCCGAUCUGUUCUCUACCUCCAACGGUCACAUACUAAGCUCCCUCUUCGAGACCCUCCGAGAGCGCUCUCUCUCUUCAUAAAAAAAUCGAAGAAAACCUUGUCAAACGCCUCUAUUCCUUUACAGUUCACACUCUUUGGCUGGCUACAAGAUCCCUUUCAAUGGCUGCGACCUUUCGAUUUCGUGCUUCUCUUCUCGUCUCCCUCAUCCUCAUUACCACUCCAUCUCAGUGCCCCUCGUUCGCAUCGCCUUCGAACCCCAAUCUCGAAUCGAAGGCCGACAGCGGUGGCUCUGACGGUACCAAGUUCUGGUGCGCAGCUAAGAACAACGCCGAAGAUUCGACUUUGCAGACGGCGCUGGAUUGGGCUUGCGGAGCAGGAGGCGCCGAUUGCAGGGCUCUACAGCAAGGCGGUCCCUGUUACAAUCCCCAGGAUAUCCAGUCUAUGGCCUCCUACGCCUUCAACGAUUACGCCCUCAAGAACGGCUUGUCCAACACUACCUGCAAUUUCGGCAAUAGUGCCGCCAUCGUCACUCUCGAUCCAAGUAAAGGGAGCUGCGUAUUUCCGGCGAGCUCUACCGUGAUGAACUCAACCUUUACCGGAUCCCCGGGUUUUAUGGGAUUGGCCCCCACUGGAGCGGAUUUAAACGGCAGUGGGACUGUUGGUGGGAGAACCAGGGCUCUGAUCACCGUUGGUUUGAUCCUGGCGUCGAUACUUCUUUCUGUGAAAUAGUACUCGAUCAACUUUUUAUAGGAGAAGCAAAGAGAUUUAUAUUUUUUCUUUUUUUUUUUCCUUAAUGAUUGGACGAUUAUUUCGAUAUUUGAUGGUAUAGAGUACGGGUUUCCCCAAGAGACUAGAGUCUUUUGUAAUUUGUAAGGACAAUUUUACCUCAUAGUCUUUAUUGUAUGAACAGUUUUGCCUUAAUCUUAUUCUUUUA